AUGCCCAGAUGCUUGAAUCCCGCUAUGGCAUCCGCAAGCCUCAGCACGCUAAAAGGACACAGCACUCAGGGGGUCGAGCGGCAGGGCGGCAGAAAAACUGCUGGUCCGCACCCGCAGCUGCUCUGCGCGGGGCCGGCGGGGCAACAGCGGCUGCUCUUCUCGCUGGUUGGAGCAGCUUUGCCUGUUGAUGUCUUAACAUACGAGGAAAAGACUUUGUCUGCAAUAUUAAGAGUUACUAGCAGUGGCCUCGUCAAGCUGUGGAGUGCUCUCACGUUGCUGGGCUUCUAUCAGAACAGAAGGUGCGCCUUUCGAGUGCUACAGACAUCUCCAUUUCUUCUUGCGUUAUCUGGGAACAGUAGAGAACUAGUGCUGGACUGAUUAUGCAGUUGCUGGCUUGGUUGCAAGAAGCAGAAGUUGCUUGAGAUGUUGCUGCUCUUCAGGCAUGGAAUUUCUGGAGGGCGUUUCCAGCAAAGAGCCUUGACGAAGUUAACAGUUAUCAGCUCGCUACUUGGAUGUCCCUUACUUCAGCGCUUACAUAUAAAAGUUGGAGACAAAGCUGAACUUACCAAAGCUUUUACACAGAAUGAUGUUGUUACUUUUUCUGAUUUAACAGGUGACACAAAUCCUUUACAUUUAAAUGAAGAUUUUGCAAAGAAGUCUAGGUUUGGGAGAACUAUUGUACAUGGAGUCUUGAUCAAUGGACUUAUUUCUGCGGUUCUAGGUACUAAAAUGCCUGGUCAAGGUUGUGUAUUUCUUUCUCAGGAGAUCCGAUUUCCAUCUCCUUUAUAUGUUGGAGAAGUCGUCUUAGCUGCAGCAGAAGUUAAACGACUGAAGAGAUCUGUUGCACACAUUGCUGUAUCAUGUACAGUCAGAGAAAGUGGAAAGACUGUUAUGGAAGGGAUGGUGAAAGUCAUGGUAGCGGAAAGUUAGAGCUUUUCAUCCUAUGCUACUUCAUAGUAAAGCUCAGAAACCUGUGCUCUGUUUUGACUCUGCCUUUUAGGUGACAUUACUUAAUCCAGUCAAUUUGCAACAAAACCUUCACAGUGUUUCAAAGACAGCACACAAACUCAAUCCUGAUAGCAACUGCAGUCAGAAGCUUCCAGUUUUUCAUAGAAGUCUGACAAAACCGUCUCUUUUAGACAAGCCUUUGCUGUGCUACAGUGGAAAGUCUGCAGUGAUGGGCUUAUAUAGCGGUUAUUCUUUUGGACAAAAACACUUCUGGGUAAAAACCAGACUGGUUAAGUUCAGUUCAAAGUUUUUCACACUUUACAGAAGAGUUAUAUUAAACACCUGUGGAAGGGGACAAUGCUGUAUGUUUAACAAGCAAACAAACAGGUGGAGGAAAAGAGUUUUGAUGCACAUACUGCAGGAUUCUUUCAUGUAAUGUACAUACCAGUUCUAGCUGAUACUGGGGCAAUGUGCUGUUUUGCAGUGCUCUAGCUAAUAAAAGCCUCUGUAGCCUGCUCUGUAAAUAAGCAGUAGUCAGCCUUAAUGUAAACAAUAUACUCUUCCUGGUAUAUCUUGAGAUGUGGCUCUCAUACGUUCAAAUUCUUUAGUUACCUUACAAAACCUGAUUAUAAAAAAAAAAAAAAAGAAAAGAAAAA